CGUCAGGCCGCGGUGUCCGCCGGUCAGACCGGGACUCGCUCGCGCAAGAUGGCGGCUACAGUGCCCGGGGGUACCGGGACCCAACUCCCGCCGCACCGCUCGGCCCCGGCUAGGAUUGGAUACUACGAGAUAGACAGGACAAUCGGCAAGGGCAACUUCGCGGUGGUGAAACUGGCCACGCACAUCGUGACACGGGCAAAGGUCGCGAUCAAGAUAAUUGAUAAGACCAAGCUGGAUGAUGAAAACCUAAAGAAAAUCUUCCGUGAGGUCCAGAUCAUGAAGAUGCUUUGCCACCCCCAUAUUAUCCGGCUCUAUCAGGUGAUGGAAACUGAACGGAUGAUCUACCUUGUGACAGAAUACGCCAGCGGAGGGGAGAUAUUUGAUCAUCUCGUGGCUCACGGGCGUAUGGCAGAGAAAGAAGCUCGCAAGAAGUUCAAGCAGAUCAUCGCGGCUGUCCACUUUUGCCAUUGUCGGAAUAUUGUCCACCGAGAUCUGAAGGCCGAGAAUUUGCUGCUUGAUGCCAACCUGAAUAUAAAGAUUGCAGAUUUCGGUUUCAGUAACCGGUUUACUCCAGGGCAGUUAUUGAAGACUUGGUGCGGCAGCCCUCCAUACGCGGCACCAGAACUUUUUGAAGGAAAGGAGUAUGAAGGACCCAAGGUUGAUAUAUGGAGUUUGGGUGUGGUCCUCUAUGUGUUGGUGUGCGGUGCCCUCCCAUUUGAUGGAAGCACGCUACAAAACCUGCGGGCCAGGGUCUUGAGCGGGAAGUUCCGGAUCCCCUUUUUCAUGUCCACAGAAUGUGAACAUCUUAUAAGACACAUGCUGAUUUUGGAGCCCAGUAAACGCCUGUCAAUGGAGCAGAUCUGUAAACACAAAUGGAUGUGUCUGGGAGAACAGGAUCUCGAGUUUGAAAGGUUAAUAGCAGAAGGCCAGCAUGUAAAACUGGAGCGGCAGAGGGAGCCCAUUAAUGAGCAAGUGCUGCACACCAUGGUGGAGAUGGGACUGGACAAAGACCGCACUCUGCAGUCUCUCAGAACAGACGCCUAUGACAACUACAGCGCCAUCUACAGUUUGCUGUGCGAACGGCUGAAGAGGCACAAAACUCUGCGCCUCCCAACUCCCCUCAGCGCCCCUCGUCCUCUGUCCUACACUGCUUCACCAAUACAGGCUGAUGCAGGUGGCAGUGCCGUCAGCAUGAAUGUGCCCCAGGUUCAACUCAUCAAUCCUGAAAAUCAAAUUGUUGAGACUAAUGGCACCAUGAACCUGGACAGCGAUGAAGGUGAAGAACCUUCACCAGAAGCUUUGGCUCGAUAUCUGUCAAUGAGGAGACACACAGUGGGAGUGCCGGACACGCAUAAUGAAGGAGGGGCCGAGGAGCUGCAGAAGAUCAUUCCUGGAUUCCCAAGGGUCACGCCACAGACUCCAUUCCUUCCAGUGGCGCAAAACACGAACACCCUUCACCCGUUACUACCAAUGCAGAACAUGCCACCUAGUGGCCACAUUGAGUAUAAGGAGCAGUCCCUCUUACAGCCUCCCACACUUCAGCUCUUGAAUGGCAUGGGACCUCUUGGACGCAGGGCAUCUGACGGAGGGGCUAAUAUUCAGUUACAUGCACAACAGUUCCUAAAGAGGCCACGAGGUCCUUCACCAUUGGUUACAAUGACAACUGCUGUGCCCGCAGUUACUCCAGUAGAUGAGGAGAGUUCAGAUGGGGAACCUGACCAAGAGGCCGUGCAGAGGUAUCUUGCCAACCGCUCCAAGAGACACACAUUGGCAAUGACUUGUCCUACAGCAGAAAUCCCCCCAGACUUACAGCGCCAGCUGGGGCAGCAGGCCUUCCGGAACAGACUGUGGCCUCCGCACCUGAUACCUGACCAGCAUCGCUCCAUGUACAAAGAUUCCAACACUCUUCACCUCCCCGCCGAGCGCUUCUCCCCAGUGCGCAGGUUCUCUGAUGGAGCCGCCACCAUCCAAGCGUUCAAAGCUCACUUGGAGAAAACGGCACACCAGAACAGCAGCAUCAAACAGCUACAGCAGGAGUGUGAGCAGCUGCAGAAGAUGUAUGGCAUUCAUAUGGAUGAAAGGACCCUGGAGCACACUCAGCAGCAGCACUUCAUGUACCAGCAGGAGCAUCAGCAGCACCUCCUGCAGCAUCAGAUCCAGGAUUGCAUUCGCCCUGCACAACCAUCUCCUCCUCUCCAGUCAUCGACCAUGGUACCAGCCUGUGAGAAUCAGCCUGCCCUCCUCACACACCAGCUCCAGAGAUUGCGAAUCCAGCCUUCCAGCCCCCCUCCAAAUCCAGCCAGCAACCACCUCUUCAGACAGCCAAACAACAGCCCCCCACCAUCUUCCAGUGCCAUGCUCCAGACACAUGGGGCCCAACCUUCCACUCAGUAUCAGGGGGUGCCCACUCACACUGCUCUUUACCAGCCUGCUAGCAGCGGCUCCCCUCCACCUAGCAUUACACUGCCGCGCAUGGGCAUACAGCAGCAGCAGAACCAGCAGCAGUCAGCACAGCAAGUCACCAUCCAGGUGCAAGAGCCAUCUGAUAUGUCAGGAGCUGCGCGGGGUAUUCCUAUUAAUCCUUGUGCCAAUCACAUACAGAUGCAGCAACGGGCGUCGCUUAUGGCUUCGUUGGGCAAUUAUACCCAUCGACCUCUUUCCAAGCAGCUGAGUGCCGACAGUGCUGAAGUGCACAGCUUGAAUAUGGGCUGCUUUUCUCCCUCCACAAAUUACGACCAGACCCACCUGCACCCUCAUGUGUUUUCUGACCAGCCAAGGCCUCCCCCAUCAGGAUAUGCAAGCCAAGGAAGCGCAGGAUACAGCCCCUCGGGCGCCUCUGGUUUUUCUCAAGCCUUGAAAGUUCCCCAGCUCGAGCAGUAUCCUGCCUUCAGCGCGACGCCCCAACAGAAUUACCCCACAUCUGCGCUGCAGCAAGCUUUGCUCUCGCCCACCCCCGGCACGUAUACCAGACAUCACCAGCAACUGCCGCACAUGCUACAGGGUCUGCUCUCCCCACGGCACUCUCUGACAGGGCACGCGGAUACGCGCUUGCCCCCGACGGAUUUCAUGCAGCUUAUUAAACAGCACCAGCAACAGCAGCAGGAGCUGAACGAACUGUUCAACCAGCACCUGACUCAAGUCGAUGCAGGCAACAUACCCUACCAGAGCCCAUCUGAGCCCUACCACCAUCUCCUUAAGAUUCGAGCACAGGCAACACACGCUCCACCAACUCCCAGAUAUCACCUGUCUAUGUUACAUUCUGAGAGCAUGGAGGAAGAUUGCACUGGGGAGGGACACAGGAUGAGCGAGGGAGAGACUCUCAGAGGUUUGAGCAAACCCCUGCAGGAGAGUGGACAUGAUGACACAGAGUCUCUUAUGGGGACCCUGAGAGAGCAGGAGUUGAGUAUGCAGCAGUAUCCGCCACAGACCUCGUACAGCCGGACCAAGCUGGCCAGCAGAGAACCAGGACCUUCGGUGAACUGCAUGGACAGAGUUUCCCCUCCCGUCAUGGAAGUUCCAGACCAUAACGGUGUCCCGUACCCUCCGAGGUCCUCCCCCAGCGAGCACGCCCGUACCAGGAUGUUGCAGCGGCACCACACCAUCCAAACCAGUGAUGAUGCCUACGUGCAGCUGGACGCUUUGACCGGUAUGAGCCUCAUGGCAGGUAAAGCUCUGAGCUCUGCUCGCAUGUCUGAUGCGGUUCAGAGCCGCUCGUCGCUCAUGGGAAGCCAGCAGCUUCAGGACGGAGGGGGCGAAGAUUGUGAGCGAUCACCCGAAGAGGCAGAACUAUCGGUGAUCAGCGACAGCGGACAGCAUCUUUCCACCUCUUGCUACCCUACCACCAUGCUGCUGGGGUACAAACACUCUGAUCUGAAUUUCAGCAUGGAGCAGGCAGGAGUGUGAAUGGAGGUUUCCAUCGAGAAUCAAGUGGGUCCCAUCUUUUGACACCAACAGUAUCUGCAGCUUUAGCGCCAAAUUUCAUCUGUAUUCCUUCCCCGAACUGACUCGCCAUGCCCCACCACAUCACAGACUAAUUCUUCAAGUGCCCCUCGUUUUAAGUUUCUUUUUUUUAGUAUUUUUCAGUCCCUUCUCCAUUGAGGAGUUUGGGUCGUCACAAAAGAAGGGCCGGGAUAAUUUCUCAAAGAGAUAGGUCUGUGAUUUUUAUUUUUUUACCACCCUUGCAGGCAGUGGCAAGGAGUGGAGGAAUAAAGGCGCUGUGGGGAAAGGGUAACAUUUGGCGGGGGCGGGAAAUACUUGGUGACUGAAAUACCGAAACACCAGCAAAGAAAUCCAACCUAGACGUACGGCACCUUCUGUGUCGAGAGAGACUGCAGCCUCACAGUGGUAGGGGCUUGUACCCGAGCAUGGACACAGGAGACACCGGCACCUAUGGGUGACCAGUGCAUGCAAGGCUGAUAUCCUGGGGUGGCCUGGCAGGAGCAGCUAGUACCUAGGGUGGAGAGCUGUUUAGGAGAGUUUGGCACCUGGCCGAGAGCCCAUGUUCCUCAAUGUUCGCCAGUUGUCUUGGCUUUACAGGGUGAAGCGUAGUCUAUUGGACUCUGGUCAUGAAUUCUGACCUGUGAAAAGCUCUAGUUUUCAUAAAUUGCACUGUUUUAUUUUACUUUGUGUAGCCGAGGACACGUAGUCUCGGUUUUCCCUAAGGUUUUCCAAGCCAAAGAAAGAAAUAGACACUUUUAUCCCACUUGCUAGACGAGUAUCAGGCGGGGGUUAUUUUAAUGGGUAGUUCUUAAUCCUUAUUCCCUUCCUUUAAUUUUUUUGGCCAGUUUUCGGGUUGGGUUGCCCAGUUUAAACGUGAGAAGAUAUACUCUACAGACUAGAGCAAGCGAAGACUAUAUAUAUAUAUAUUUCUAUCUGGUACCCAGGGGAUUAUAGGGAGUAUAGUACUGUACUGACCCAUAGAGGGGGCACGGUCACAACAUGGAAUGACUGCCUCCAUGGUGCUAUAAAAGUGCCUGGGGGAACCGGCAUGUCAUUUACAAGUGGGAAGCGGAGAGUACAAACUAGACUCUUUGACACCACGUUUUGCACAUGAUAAAGCUGCUGCCUUUUGGGGGGGGGGGGGGGGGGUGUAUUGGUGAUACGAUGUGCCAUAGCAAGCGUUCCCUCAUCAUUGUAGUGAUUGUAUUCUGAAUCUAGUGUAAUAAGAUGACAGAGAACUCUAACUUUAUUUAUAUGUAUGAUGAGCAGCCAUAGUCACCUCUUUAGGGGGUAACCCUUACACCCUGGGUGCCAACUCCUCCUGCCCAUCCACUUUGCAUAGACACAGAUCCCCAUGUGGUGCCCACAAGGCCCUUGGGAGAUUAGGCCUGGUGCAAUAUGCUACUUAUUUUACAUAUGAUUUUUUAUUUUUAUUUUUUCGUGCGUGUGCAGUUUUUUUAUUAUUAUUUUUUUGUCCGUCAUUAAUCAUGAUCAGGAUUAACCCCUCACUGCUCGCGGGGAACUUGUCACCUCUGCCUGGCAGUGAGGCGGUUGACGUCAGAUCAUCAAGUGUUCCAUGUGGAGCGUGUGUGGGGGGACUGUGUGUACAUAUGUGUGUGUAUAUAAGUGUCUGAGUGGAUGUAUAUAUCAUGAUGGGAUGCGUGUGGGUGUAUAUAAAGACAUUGGUUCCUAUAGAUCAGCAGCAGCUGCCAGCUGCGUGACGCCCAGCCCUUUAUGUUCCUCAUGGCUUAUUUGGCUUGUUACAGGACUUUCCUAGGACAACGAUGCGUAUAUUUGUAUUUUAGACAAAUAUGGGCCCUGUAUGUGCUGAACAACAAUUAUUGACAUGUGGCGGCUCCACCAGAGGUCUCGGCGAUUAACCCGGAUCACGUUUUAUGGAUGCAAACAAGACCUUGUCCUGCACUAUAACCUUCUACUUACUCAUCAGGAGCACAAAGGUUUCUCACCCGCAUCUCUGUUGGCUUUCUGUUAACUAGUGUUGAAUUUGCUGUGCCUGAUCAGGGUUGUAAUCCCAGGUCACAUUACUCAGCAUUUGUCAAACUGACAGUCACCCGUAGCAUAGACGUAGAACUACCUUCUAGUAAGGGUCCAUUCACACGUCCGUAGUGUAUUGCGGAUCCGCAAUACACCCAGCGGGCACCCCCAUAGAACUGCCUAUUCUUGUCCUCAAUUGCGGACAAGAAUAGAACACGUGUUUUAUUUUUUUCGGGAGCAGCGGUCCGGAAGUGUGCUAUCCGCAUCUUUUCCGGCCGCCAUAGAGAAUGAAUGGGUCCGGAUUCGUUCCGCAACAUUGCGGAAUGGAUCUGGACCCAUUCUAUGGACGUGUGUAUGGACACUAACGCUGCUGUUUUGCCGCCUCUCACACUACUCAUUCCUUGCCGCCUAAGCUGUUCACCUCCUAUCCCGGGGGGUUUAUGUGUAACCAUAUGGGCAGCUGGCCUAAAAUUUUAUGUUGGAUUCAACAUAUUUUGUGCUUGAGGAUACGUGCUAAUCUGCGUCAUAGGAAGCCAUUUCUACAGAGCAGCUUGUGUCGCGGACGGGGAGGGUGGAGGAGCGACAUGUCUUUAUAUACAUGUAUGUGUGCGUGUUGUCCCUGCACUUCUCACCAGUUCAUUUCAAUUUUGGCCCAAAGAGCCUCUCUUUUCUCUUACAAACACAAAUAUAUAUGGAAAAAAAAUAUAUAUAUAAAUAUAUAUAUAUAUAUUUGAGAAAGAAGAAAAAAAAUAAUUAACCUGCUAAACCGAGCAGGCUCUCACCGCAUAUCUCUCAUCUGACGUAAGAAAUGUUUUGUUUUUUUUCCCCUUGUUUUUAUUUUCAUAGUUCAUUAUUUUUUUUUGUCUCCCUAAAUGUUGUGAUAUAAUUAUUGUUAUUAUUGGUAAUAAAAAACAAAAAAAAUAAAUGAAAUCAAGUUUGUGUUUUAAGAGGGCAGAAUACGCAGGUUUGCAUGCGG